AUGGUCGCUACAUUGAAGCAAGUUCUGAGAAAGCUUCUCAGCCAGGCACAAAGCUGGGAGCGCAUGCUUGCUGACGCCGUCUUCGUCAUCAACGUGGCAAAGUCUGAGCAAACCGGAUAUAGCGCAUUCUGGGUAAUGCACGGCUACCAACCCAAGCUGCCGGGCGAACUCAACAUUGGAGCGAUCCAAAACGAUAUCAAAGAGUCCGAACGAUUGCGUGGACUAGCAGUAGCGCGCAAGGAAGCCAGAGAAAAGUUGAAAACGAGCCAGCACUACUCGACUCUCCGCUACGAUGCGAGGCCAAAGGUUCCCAAAUUCAACGUUGGCGACAAGGUGCUGUGCGCCAUCGGGACUCGACGUUGGACUUUGGACCCCUGCUUCGAAGGACCGUAUGUGAUUAUCGGUUUCCGAGGAAAGAACAUCGCCCUCAUUCGACGAGCUGCGACGUCGGGGAGCGACGCCGACAGGGCCGUCAACAUCGAACAGCUGCGUGUGUACGACGAACGAGGUGACGACGCCGCUGAACUUGCGGACACCAGCAUCGGCCUUCAGUUGGGGCGUGGAGCUGAGGACAGCUCCAACUAA